AUGCUGAAAGUCGCAAAACGAUGCCUGGCUCCGAGCUUCGGACCGGUUGCGCGGGCGCGAUUGUGUAAACAGACUGCGAGGUGCUGUUCACGCCCGUUUGCGUCAUCAAAGGCUUUCAUACCGGACCACGCCAGAGCGCAUCUACAGAGACGCUCUUUCAACCAGUCACAUACGGUUUCCAAGUCAGUGGAAACGCCAUUCAUUGAGCUCUCUGAGGAAGAACAACAAUUACUUACGGAGGAAAGAGCAACGGACUCGGUAGAUGUUUGUAUCGUGGGAGGUGGACCUGCAGGGUUAGCAGCUGCUAUUAAACUCAAACAACUAGACGAGUCUGACGAAUUACGAGUGGUGGUUUUGGAAAAAGCUCCAGAUAUGGGAUCUCAUAUUGUUUCAGGGGCGGUUCUGGAGCCAAGAGCUCUACGGGAGUUGUUUCCUGAUAGCGAGUUCUAUGACUCUAACGGCGACGGUAUACCAUUACCUAAUGAUUUAUACACAAUGGUGACCGAAGACCAUCUGAAAUUUUUGUUUUCCAAUGGCUCAUCGGUGCCGUUGCCUGAACCACCUCAAAUCACCAAUGCAGGCAAAAACUGCAUCGUUUCGCUAUCGGAGGUGGUGAAAUAUUUGGCCGAAAAGGCUGAGGAGCUGGGGGUCGAGGUGUAUCCUUCAAUCUCGGUUUCAGAUCUUGUAUAUGAUGCUUCAGGAGCAGUCAAAGGAGUAGCCACCAAGGACAUGGGUAUCUCCAAGAGCGGAGCCCCCAGAGACGAGUUCGAAAGAGGCAUGGAGUUCCAGGCCAGAGUAACUGUUCUGGCAGAAGGGUGCCACGGCUCACUGAGUAAAAAGGCUAUCAGCAAAUACGACCUCAGAAAAGGCAGAAAUAGCCAGACGUAUGGUCUUGGAAUCAAAGAGAUCUGGGAAGUGGCUCCUGAAAAGUUUCAGAAGGGCUAUGUCGGCCACUCUAUGGGAUAUCCAUUGACGCCUGGCACAUACGGUGGUGGUUUCCAAUAUCAUUUCGGAGACGGCUUGGUCAGUGUUGGACUCGUUGUUGGUCUUGACUAUGAAAACCCAUGGAUAUCUCCGUACCAGGAAUUCCAGAAAAUGAAACACCAUCCUUUCUACUCUAAUGUUCUGGAGGGCGGAAAGUGUAUUUCAUAUGCUGCCAGGGCUUUGAAUGAAGGUGGAUAUCAAUCAGUGCCAAAGCUGCACUUUCCCGGUGGUGUGCUGGUGGGUGCUUCCGCAGGAUUCAUGAACGUGCCUAAGAUCAAGGGAACACACACUGCGAUGAAGUCCGGUAUGAUGGCAGCAGAGGAGAUCCACAAAGCUUUGGAAACGGAGUCAGAUCAGCCGAUUGACCUGGCUUCGUUCCAAACUGCCUAUGAGAACAGUUGGGUGCGUGACGAGCUGUUUGAAGUCCGCAACGUUCGUCCUUCUUUCAGCACUCCAUUGAAACUGUGGGGAGGAAUGGCGACCUCUGGAAUCGUGACUCUGUUGACCAAGGGCCGUGAGCCAAUCACCUUGAAUCAUCACCAAUCAGAUGCAUAUCUCACCAAAUCCGCGGACGAGUACCCCAAGAUCGAGUAUCCAAAGCCCGACGGGAAACUCUCGUUUGACAUUCUAACCUCGGUCUCGCGAACAGGAACAUCCCACGGAGAAGACGAGCGCUGCCAUCUUCGUGUUCCUGAUCAGGACCUUGAAAAACAUGCAGAAAAGGCAUAUCCAAAAUGGCAAGGUGUCGAGCAGCGGUUCUGUCCAGCUGGAGUCUACGAGUACCUCGAGGACGAAACUUCCCCUCUCGGAGUCAAAUUUCAGAUCAACUCGCAGAACUGCAUUCAUUGCAAGACAUGCGACAUCAAAGUGCCAACCCAAGACAUCGACUGGGCAGUUCCUGAAGGCGGCGACGGGCCAAAGUACCAGAUGACAUAG